GAGGGAAGUCGUCACUCACAGUAUCUCGUCACAUAGGUUGUUGGGCCUUAAAUUCUCUUCUUUUUCUGCCUCCAGAACUCCAAACUCCAAACCGAGAAUCUCGUCAUUCAUUCUUUCCAGAAUCCAGUAUCCAGGUCCCGACAGUCUGUGUAGGCCUUCAAUACAAGUACCAGUUCAAGGAUCCGAGAAAAAAUGUCCGACGAAGAAGAUUACAAUUCGGAGGAAGAUGUGGAUUAUGUACCCACUGAUGGGGAGCAAGUCAGUGAGGAGGAGAAUUCUGGUGACGAAGAAGACUUGUCCCUGCUGAAUGAUGGUGAUGAGAGUCAAGGAAACAAAGUUGCUGGCAAAAGGAAGAAGACGGGGAAGAAAAAAAAUGCCAUAGAAUCACGGAAACGUCGAGGUGGCAUCAAACUUGAUGCAAAUGAAUCAAAAGACACUACUGGUGAACAGCAGAAUGGUGCUGAGGAGGACGACGAAAAGGAAAAAUCUCGAAAGAAAGAACUGGCAGAAGAAAUAGCCAGGGAGGAAGAGGAGAAGAGGAAAGAAAAAGAAAAGAAGAGAGCAGAUGAUUUGUGGUCCAGCUUCAUGUCCGACGUGAAGACAGUACCAAGCAAGAAGUCGACCUCAGGAUCAGGACUAGGGGGACUAAGUGCACAGGUUUCAUCUACAAAAGAAGAGACCUCAAAAGUACAACCUGCAGAGGCAGACAAGGGUGGAAAAGUUACAAUCACAAAAGUUUUUGACUUUGCGGGAGAAGAGGUCAAAAUCACCAAAGAGGUUGAUGCCAAUUCGAAAGAAGCAAAAGCGGAACAAAAGAAACAGGAAAAGGAAAGUCAGGAACAGCUCCAGAAACUGAAUCCUGCCCCAUGCAGUUCUAUACAAGCAGCAACUGUAGGGUUAGGGGUCAAGCGUCCAGCAGUUGGUGGUCUAGGCAGUGUGCUGAAUAAAAUUAACAAGAAGAGCAAAAUGGGAACUCUAGAAAAGUCCAAAAUAGACUGGGAUUCGUUUAAGAAGAAAGAGGGAAUUGACGAGGACCUCAAGAUUCACAACAAAGGAAAACAAGGGUACACAGAAAGAAUGGCAUUCCUCAGUCGGGCAGAUCAGCGGCAGUAUGAAAUAGAGAGAGAUCUAAGGCUAGGAAGUAGCAGUAAAAGAUAACAAUGAACUGGUUCCAAGACCUGCCUGGCAGUUCAGUUCAGACAUCAAGAAUCUUAAUUUAAAAAUGUUGUAAAGUAAAGUGAAUGUUGAGUGUACAAAUUUUGUAACAUGCGCAUUUAUGCUUGUGAUUGUCUGUAUUGAGAGAGAGAAGAGUGGAUAUGAUUGUACUGUUUCUUUUAAAAAAUAUGUUUGACUUGCACUUCAUUCACUGUGUUUGGUGUUGUUCUUUUUUUUUUUUAACCAUCAUCCAUUUGUUCCCUUCCAUCAAUAAAAAUUUGAACAAAUAA